AUGAAGCAAUCAUGGACCUUAGGCCUCCAAGCCUUCAAGGUCGCCUCGCAGCAUUCAGUCGAAAUGUUGAGAUUCCACGUCCUGAACCCGAUCGCGCGCGGCGUGGACCCUGAUGACUGCUUGGCUUUCGUCCAAGAACACCUACGCAAAGCGAAGGAGCUCGUUGAAGACUUCGAGGACAUUGCGAACACGUUUGGACGACGCGCAAGGGAGCGUCAGCUGCAGUUGACUUCGAACCGAAACCAGCAGCUGACUUUAAACCAAAGCCAGCAGCUCGCUUUUCGUCCAAGCCCUACUUCCUUUGCACCCCAGUCUCUCAGCCAGGCCAGUGCAGCCAGUUUCUAUGCAGCUAAUAACAAUGCAGUCAAUGUCAAUACGUACGCUCCAGCGAGUGCCUCACGUCCGCCGGCCACAAUCUUCAACGCUCAGCCACAAAAUGUCAAUACGUACAUUCCAGCGAGUGCCUCAUUUCCAACGGUCCCAGCUUUCAACGCUCAGCCACAAUCGCCCUCAAACGAAGUCAAUCAUUCGCAUGACACGCAGCACUACCAAGAUGACGGCCGUCGAGACGAUGUGCAGAACCUUCUUGUUCUGUCAGAGGUGGACAUUCCACCAAGCCAGAGAAAGCAGACCCCCAAGCAGAUGUCCUGUGACCUGACGGAGCACCAGCGGAUCGGCCUUACUUGGCUCCUUCAGCAGGAGAGAGACCCAAAGAAGAAAGGAGGCCUUCUUGCAGAUACAAUGGGCCUGGGAAAGACUGUGCAAGCGAUGGCACUAAUCUUGGCUCAUCCAUCCACUGAUCCAAAGCACAAGACCACCCUCAUCGUGGCUCCAUUGGCACUUCUCAGACAAUGGGAGCAAGAGAUUUUGACGAAAGUCAAGCCACGUUACAAGCUCAAUACCCUCGUCUUUCACGGUGAAGUCGCCAAGUAUAUGUCAGUCUCGGAGCUUCUCAAGCACGACGUCGUCCUAUGCACCUAUGGCAAACUGCAGACCGAGCACAAGAACAAGUACGAGCACAAGAAGCCUGAGAAGCUGAAGAUCUUGGCCGACAAGGCCAUAUUCUACCGCGUCAUCUUGGAUGAAGCACACAACAUCAGGAACCAGACCACCUACUGCUCCAAGGCAGCAGCAGAGAUCCAGUCAAAAUACAGACUUUGCAUGACUGGCACCCCGUUCAUGAAUCGGGCCGAGGAGAUCUUCCCUCUCAUUCGGUUCCUGAACAUCCCACCAUACAACAAAUGGGAUCGUUUCAGCGAGGACAUUGUCAGGCCCCUGAGGAAAUGGGAUGGAAACGAGAAGGAGCACGGCAUGAUCAAGCUGCAGGCCCUCUUCAGGAGUUUCACACUCCGACGGACCAAAGACAGCCGGCUCAAUGGGAAGCCCAUCAUCGAGCUGCCGCCGCGCACCGACAAACCAUCGUUUGUCGAGUUCAACGACGAGCAACGAGCGUUCUACCAGGCGCUGGAAGUGCAGCAGCAGCUGAAGUUCAACAAGUACCUGAAAAACGGCGCGGUGAUGAAGAACUACAUCCACAUCCUCAUUCUACUGCUGCGACUGCGCCAGGCGUGUGACCACCCGUUCCUCCUUAAGAACCUUGGCAUCCCAGAUGGAACCAAGCUGGAUGAGAAACAGAUGAUCAAGCUAGCCUGCCAGCUCCCCAGCGAUGUGGUGCAGAAGCUCAAGCGUCAGGAGAGUUUCGAGUGCCCUCUCUGCAGCGAUGCGACAGACAACCCUGUCAUCGUGUACCCCUGUGGCCACCACGUCUGCUCUAGCUGCUUCACUGGAAGCGUAAAAGUCGUAGAGACUGAAGACUUCAGCAAUGGUGGGGCGGACGAUGAAACCAUCUCCAGGAAGAAAUCUGUCGUCUCCUGUCCUGGUGAGGACUGCCAGCAUGCCAUCACCCCGACCAACAUCGUGUGCUACAACUUUCUCGCUGACGUGCCUGACUCUGGAUCGGAGUCUGACGAUGAUAACAUCAACAAGCAUUCAUUUAAAACUCCCAGGAGGGAUGAUGAAGACGCCGACCGCCAUGGCAAUCUUCGAGGAUUCGUCGUGAAUGACGAGGCCGCCUACGAUGAAGACAGCUCGGAUGACGAGGAAUCUGACGACGACAGUCAAGAUGGCGAAGGCGAUGCUGAGUCCCAGGAAGCUGAUGGCGACGGACGCAUGACCCACAUUGGCGGGUUUGGUCCUUCUCAGACUGAUGGUGCCUACGAUGACCUCAACGCCAACCGCCGACUUCAAACACCCAAGCGGAAGCCUUCAGCCAGCGCGCUGGGUGGUCACAGCGGGAAGAAGUCUCGGGCAUCUGCAGGGUCGCCGAGUGGAAAAAACAAGGGCAAAGGCCAGAAGAAGAAGACGAAGAUGAUUACAAUGGCUGAUCAGAGGCAGGCUGCCCAGCGCAGCGCGAUCGCCAUGUCCCGCUACAAGGCGCGCCUGCGCGAGGAGUGGAUCUCCAGCGCCAAGAUCGACGCGAUCAUGGACAUCCUGGAGCAGAUCCGCCCAAAGAAGGAGAAGACCCUGGUCUUCAGCCUCUGGACCUCGUUCCUCGACCUGGUCGAGAUCCCCGUCGAGAGGGCCAGGAUCAAGUUCACGCGGUAUGACGGGUCGAUGACCCCCGGCGCGCGCGAGGCGGCGGUUAAGUCGUUCAUGGAGGACCCGAGCGUCCGCGUCAUGUUGGUCUCGCUGACUGCGGGCAACGCGGGCCUGAACCUCACGGCUGCGAGCCAGGUCAUUGUUACGGAGCCGUUCUGGAACCCGUACGUCGAGGAGCAGGCCAUCGACCGGGCGCACCGGUUCGGCCAGGAGAAGCCGGUCACCGUGCACCGGCUGCUGAUUGAGGGCACCGUCGAGGACCGCAUUGUGCAGCUGCAGGAGAAGAAGAAGAUGCUUGUCGACGCGGCUCUGAGUGAGAGGGGUGCUGCUAACAUCUCCAGGCUCAAUGUCGCGGAGUUGCGGAACUUGUUUGGUCUGAGUGGAGAGUUCGGGGGCGAGUAUCCACCCGCUUGA